GAGGCUGCGUACGACAACAAUUGCAGAGACCCCAUGGCAAAUGCCGCAUGGCCUCUCCCUUUGUUCAGCAAUAAAGUCACUUUGACAGGACUCCUCCGUCUCCUUUGGCCACACAAACCUCUGGCGACGGGAAUUUUCCCGCCCGCUCCCGCCCACACGGCAGCCACCUCCGUCCUACCCACACGAACCGGGACGAGGCGGCGCCGCUCCGGGCCCGGCUCCUGCCCAGGCCCCGGCGGGAAGGAGAGCGCGGGCAGCCGCUCCCGCAGCGCCCUCAGGCCACGGCCAACACGGCGCCCACACGGCACAAGGAAGCCGCCACAGCCCCCUGCCGCCCCCUCCGCCCGCAGCCAUGGCCCAGCCCCGCCAGAAGCCAGCGCGGCUCCCACCUGCGCUGGGGCCGCCUCCGAGCUCCGCCGCCGCCUCACCGGGCUCCGGCCGCUGCCGCCGCUCCCGGGCCCGCACACGCGCUCCGCCCAUGGCGCCUCUGCUGCCACACGGCCCACCGGGGGGCGGGCCCGGCCCCGGCCUGCUCCCCGCUCUGCCCAAUCAGCGCCGCACAACCACGACUGACGCCACCAUCAGCCAAUCGCACACAGCCAGCCCCGGGCUCUGCACACGGCCCAGCCUCGGCCCGCGCUCUCAGCGCCCCCCGGGCUGUGUGAGGGGAAAGGCGGAGAUGAGGAACAGCCCUGGCACGGGCCCGGGCCCGAGGCGGCAUCGAGCUGCAAACACCAACAAAGUUCUCCGCACCUCCCGGCCCGCCUUUCCCAGCGCUGCGUGUUCGCUGCCACCGGCUCCGAGCAAAGCCGUGCUGGAGGUGCUGGUGGCUGUGAUAGCCACCCUGGGCGAGCUGGCGGCCGUCGUGGCCGGGUCAGAUGAGGACGUGCUGCGGGCCGAGUCCCGCGAGUCCCUGCGCGGGCCCCUGAGGAAAUUCACCUGGACCCUGCGCUGCACCCUGCGCCGCCACCAUGUCCCCCCCCUGGGCCACCGCGGUGUCACCCCCCUGGGCCAGGCCCUGACCGCCCUUGAGGCCACCCCGGGGGCCACCUGGGCCGAUGUGAGAGCCGCGGUCAGAGCCUGGCAGGACUCGGUGGAUGCGCUUGCCGAGAUCUGGCUCUGGGUGGUUGUGGAGGCCGCCAAACUCUGCACGAACCCACAGAAAUUGUACACCAGGAGUGGGCAGUGGUCAGAGGUGGCCUCGGGGCUGCUGCGGCGCUUGCUGGCUGCGUGUGACAAAGCCACCGUGUUCCCCUGGGAGCUGCUGCGCCGGCUCAGGGACAUCGAGGCCGCCCUGGAUGAGACAAGGGAGGCGUCCCCUUAUGUCCCUGAGGCCUUGGUGGCCGCGGUGGCCGAGGCUGAGCAGCUGUGGGAGGCCAGCACCUGCCUGACCACGCGUCACCUGCUGGGGACACUUGCGGACAUCUGUGCCCUGCUCUCGAGUCACCCUGAUGUCCCUGGUGGCCACGCAGUGGCCGAGCAGUGCCAAAGAGCCAUCAAGGACAUCCCGAGGCUGCUGCGGACACAGCAAGGUCCCGUCAUCAGGGUGGUGACGCCAUCAGGGACAUCGCUGGGGUCACUUGUCCCCUCCUCCCUCCCUGCAUGGUGUUUGAGACAAAUUUGGGGAACUUUCUGGGAAUUUUCAUUGAAACUCUCCCAAAUCCUGAUGGGAAUUCUUGGGCUGACAUCACUGGGGACACUGAGGGGCACGCAAGGACACACAGGCACACUCAGGAAUACUCAGGGACGCUCAAGGAUACUCAGGGACACUCAGGGACACGGGGGCAGGGGGUGAAUGAGCCUCCUCAGUGCUUUGGAGGAGAGGCAGAGGAGCCACGUUAGAAAUGACAAUACAAUAUUGGCUUUCGCAUUUGUGUAUCGGCUUUUGCACGUUGUUAUCACAAUGAUUUCGAUAUGGUGCAAUUUAUAAUUCCCUUCAGCUGCUUUCUGAUGUAACAUAAUCUAUCAGUUUGUGUGUGCACCACACAGCCUACAGAAAUGGCUUUGUAAUAAACCGAUGUUAUAUCCUAGGCCUUAGCGAAAUAUUGAAAUAGAGACUGAGCAAUGCUAAAAUGCU